CCAGUCUGGUCCGCAGCCACGAUGGAUGCAAUAUUGGUUUUUGUGAUCGUCCUUCUGUUUGGGACAAGGAUAGAAGAAAACACUGCACUGCAUUGUUACUGUGACCGCUGCAGUGCCAACUCCAGCUGCACAACAGAUGGCAUCUGCUUUGUCGCCAUCCAUAAGUCAGGCAGCCGGCUGACCACCGAGCAGCGCCAGUGUGUGCAUGAAAAUGAUCUCAUCCCACGAGACCGACCCUUCAUCUGUGCUCCGUCCGCCAAACACGACAGCGGCAUUUACCCGUUGUGUUGUACCACAGACUAUUGCAACAAAGAGCCUAAUAUGUCCUUCCCAGUCCCCACAGUGACUCCUUCUCCUUUGGGCCCUGUGGCCCUUGCAGCUGUCAUUGCCGGGCCUGUAUGUGUGCUCUGCUUGCUGCUGGUUUUGGCAUUCUAUGUUUGCCACAGCCACAGAGGCCUCCACCAUCGGGUGCCUAAUGAGGAAGACCCCUCCAUGGACCAUCCUUUUAUUACUGUGGGAACAACGCUGAAAGACCUCAUCUAUGACAUGACUACUUCAGGCUCUGGAUCAGGUAAAAUGCUGCAUCCUAUUGGUCUCCCACUACUGGUCCAAAGAACAAUUGCCAGAACCAUCAUCCUCCAAGAGAGCAUUGGCAAGGGGCGGUUUUGGUGAGGUGUGGCGAGGGUAAAUGGCCGUGGUGAGGAAGUAGCUGUGAAUUUCUCUUCCCGAGAGGAGCGCUCAUGGUGUGAGGCUGAGAUCUACCAGACUGUGAUGCUAAGGCAUGAGAAUAUCCUGGGCUUCAUUGCUGCUGAUAAUAAAGAUAACGGAACAUGGACUCAGCUGUGGCUGGUGUCAGACUAUCAUGAACACGGCUCCCUGUUUGACUAUCUGAACCGCUACACUGUCACAGUGGAAGGCAUGAUCAAAUUGUCACUGUCCACAGCCAGUGGCCUCGCACAUCUCCACAUGGAGAUUGUUGGCACGCAAGGAAAGCCAGCAAUUGCCCACAGAGACCUGAAAUCGAAAAAUAUUCUGGUGAAGAAAAACGGGACCUGCUGCAUCGCUGACCUGGGUCUGGCUGUCCGUCAUGACUCUGCCACCGACACCAUCGACAUCGCUCCAAACCACAGAGUAGGGACUAAAAGGUACAUGGCACCAGAGGUCCUGGAUGACUCCAUAAACAUGAAGCAUUUUGAGUCUUUCAAGCGAGCUGACAUCUACGCCAUGGGCCUAGUAUUCUGGGAGAUUGCCAGCCGCUGCUCCAUGGGAGGCAUUCAUGAGGACUACCAACUGCCCUACUAUGACCUGGUUCAGUCAGAUCCAUCAGUCGAGGAAAUGAGAAGAGUGGUUUGCGAGCAGAAGCUUCGGCCCAACAUUCCCAACCGCUGGCAGAGCUGUGAGGCCUUGCGGGUGAUGGCAAAGAUUAUGAGGGAGUGCUGGUAUGCCAAUGGUGCUGCACGACUCACUGCUCUGCGAAUCAAGAAAACGCUGUCUCAGCUCAGCCAGCAGGAGGGAAUCAAGAUGUAGAAACAACUACCAAACACGCACUCACACGUAUCUGACUUGCAUCCAUAGCAUUAUUAUCUUCAUGAUUCACUGAUUGCUCCACCCCUUUGUUGUGAAGGGAAGUGAAGUGAUGUGUUCUCCCCUUAUGUUCCUUUCUUUAAUCACCUCAUUUCAUUCAACGAAAGAUCAGUACUGCACUUGAAACUGAGGAUUCAUGUGAGCGUGUGUUGCACUGGCCUGAUACACACACAUGAAUGGCUGGAUGGAGGAAUAAAUGAAUGGAUGGAUCAGAUGAAGGAUGGCUGUGUGUAAAGAGGACAAUAGGAGGAAGCCUUCACUCAUUGUCCUUCCUUUUUGUUUCCUUUUUGCUACUUUCAUCAUAUGAAGUCUUUGUAUUCCCACCACUGUCUUUCAUCUCUCUCUCAUACACACACACACGCACACGAGCUUAGACCUCAUCAGGUAAACCUAAGGCCAGACUGACAGCUGGGAAUAACCUGGGAAGCCUCUUGAGUUACCGGGCCUUUGUUUCGCCCUCAUCCCCUCACAUUUUCCUCAUCACACCCUCAUUUCUAUAUGAGAAUUGUAAUCUUGUCAGAGGAUAAAUUUUCUCUUCAGUAGGGCUGCAAGUUUGAAUUUAUUUUUUGAAUUAGUUAAAAAAUAGGAUUUCCUCUGUUGGAAAAAAAGCAUGUUCUAAUAACAUGUUAGCACAAUACACAGACUGAAACAUACAGUGCUGUCCAAACAUUUUGAGCUACCCCUCUUUUUUAAAAAUAUUUUCCUAGGAAAAUGAGAAAUGAGUGCAGUAAUUUAUUGUGAAACAUGUGCAACCAAACAUGGAAAUACAGUAUAUAAUUCUAACAAACUUGAAAAUUAAUAUUGGUCAAUAUGGUAAAUCAAAAUCAGAUUUUUCUGCACUUAUGAUUCCAUCAAUUUUGACAAGAUCCCCAACACCAAUGGCUGAAAUGCAACCCCAAACCAUGACAGAGCCUCCACCAUGUUUUACAGAUGCCUGUACACUGUUGUACAUCUCCCCUGACCACCUCUGUACAUGCUGAUGACAAUUUAACCAUAAAACUUAGAACUUAGUACUAUCACUCCAUAUAAGGCCCGUUACCACUGAUUUUCAGUCCAGUUAUUGGACUGAAAAUCAGGCUUGAGGCAUACCUCAAGCCUGUUUCCCUUCCUUAACCUGUUAACUGGCAGCACCAAAAUCACCAAAAACGCCUGAAAAAGUAUACCCAAAUUUACUCUUUGGAGUACAUGCAAAAGCUUGGUCUCUUUGUGAAGAUGAAAAGCUAUAUUCUUCAUUUUUGCAGUCAAAAAGGCUUUAGCUGUAAUUACUAUGUAGCUAUUCAGUUUGGAACACAGAAAAGUUAGACAAUUUUUGCCUCGCCUAGAUUUUUCAUGUUAAUUUUUAUGUAACUACACACUGAAUGUUGAAGGUAUGGACUGGAAAAUAAAAUGAAACUGUAGAAUGAA